CGUUUGUCGUUGUCGAGUCAGUUUCGUGUUGACAUCAGAUCAGAGCGGUAUUUUUCUUUUCAUUGUAUUAUUUUUUUAUAUUCUUUACUUGUAAUGUUAAGAUCUAUUAAUGCUUUAACUAAAAUCGUGCCAAGUACACAAAAUUCAAGAAUGACCAGCAUACAUAGUGCAUACAUAGAGGAAGUUCACGAUGUGCCAAUUUCCGUAAUCACAAGGCCUUUCAUUCCGGAACUAGAUGAAAAAAAAGUACAGUCACUGAUGGAAACUAUACAAAAAGAAGAAGAGGAUGGUAAAGUACCUCCAAUAGAUGUAUUAUGGAUCAAGGGCACAGAAGGUGGUAACUACUACUAUAGUUUUGGCGGCUGCCAUCGCUUCGCCGCGUACAAGAGACUGAACAGACCCACCAUACCAGCAAAAUUGAUCAAAUCCACUGUCACUGACCUGCAGACAUAUCUUGGCAGCAGCACGCCUAAUCUAAAGUAAAUGUUAAGUGUUAAGUUUUUUUAUUGUUGUAUUUUAACAAAUAUAUAAAUGAUAGUUGUAUGUAUAUUUAGGCCACGUUUAUUUAUGCAGCAAAUAGAUUUCGAAAACGAAUUUCGCUUUUGAGCGUAUUUGUAUGUAGUGCUCCCAUCUAGAUGUGUUUAUAUCUAUGGCAUAAUAAAUAUAUUUAUUGUAAUGAAGAAAUACAUGAAGUAAUUGUUAUUUAAUGCAGCGUUUCUUCUUAAAAUACAUUAUGACGUAUUAAUUACUCUUAAUUAUUACGAUAUAAACCUCUAUUGGAAAAAGAUUUAGGUAUUUUACGCAAGGCCAUAUACUUAAUUUUGCCAAUUAGUAUUUAAAAAGAUAAUUUGUAAUUAACAAUAA